AUGAAAGGAGUUUAUUCGCCGAAAUCAAAUGGUCGUUUUGCGACAUCAAAUAAUGAAAAUCUAUAAUAAAUCAUUUUAAUAACUUAACAAUAACUUAAAAAUGUAGUUUAAGCUUCUUUAAAAUAAAAAGUGCUCAUAAGGAUUCAUGAAAUAGGUAAAAGAGUUGGAAAUUUAAUGAAUAAACCAAUAAAUUUAAAGAUUUUAAGUGAUUUAAAAGAUGAAAUUUAAAUAUUAUUAGAAAAGCAGAAUAAAGGGUCCUGUGAGCACAUUCUUUUGUAAAGAUUAUAGAUUGAAUUAUAAAACAAAAUAAUUAUAAUUCAAAAACGUCUUUUAAAAAAUGUUGUAAAAUAUAUUAAAGAGACACAGUUAAAAGGGUUAUCAAAUUAUGAGGGAUAUAAUAUUGUUGAAUCUAAAAAUAAUAAUAAAGAUAAAUAUGAUAAAAUUAGUUAAGAGAAAAAUUAAUACAAAAAACAUAAUUUAAAAUCAAAAACAUUAGAUUGA